AAACCCACUUUCCCUGUUCGCUUUUGUUGUCGUCAUUCGGGUAAAAGCAGCUUCGUCUCUCUUAAAUGUGUUGAAAGGGGCCUCUGUAUCGGCCCACUAACCAUACUCCUUCCUCGCUGAGUCAACACUCACGUUCGUAUUGAUCGGAGUUUUAGGCUUUCGAGUGGUGGAAGCGGCGGUGGAGAGUGCUACCAAGUUUCUUGUGCAUUGCUGUAUGUCAGUGGGAUACUACAGUGAGAUCUACUACGGCGGAUACGGUGAGCUCGCUAAUCCUUUACAAUGGCCUCAGCUCAGGAAAAAACGACGCCUUGUUGCGGCGACAAUAACAACCGGAAUUCUUCUACAGCUCCUUCGCUUGUUAACCGAUCUUCCACUUCGGCCGAUCCGCCGGAGGAUCCGAUCCGAAACAGAGCGUCCGUCGCCACCUUGAUGGCCACUGUGGAUCCCUUCACUGAGCCUCCUCCAAAAACCACUUCAACCAAAGGCAUUCCAGUCAUGGUGAGAGCUCAAACCAGCCACCCUCUGGAUCCACUAUCUGCUGCUGAAAUAUCUGUGGCUGUGGCUACUGUUCGGGCCGCUGGGAAAACCCCUGAGGUGCGUGAUAGCAUGCGCUUUGUUGAAGUAGUUUUGGUAGAACCCGACAAGCACGUUGUUGCACUGGCAGAUGCAUAUUUCUUCCCACCUUUCCAACCAUCAUUACUCCCCAGGACAAAAGGUGGACCUGUGAUUCCUACUAAACUUCCCCCAAGGAAAGCAAGACUGGUUGUUUAUAACAAAAGGUCAAAUGAGACAAGCAUAUGGAUCGUUGAGCUUACUGAAGUUCAUGCUGCAACUCGUGGUGGUCAUCAUAGGGGCAAAGUCAUUGCUUCUGAAGUUGUUCCGGAUGUUCAGCCUCCUAUGGAUGCUGUGGAGUAUGCUGAAUGUGAAGCUCUUGUUAAGGACUAUCCUCCAUUUCAAGAAGCAAUGAAGAAGAGAGGGAUAGAAGAUAUGGAUCUUGUGAUGGUGGAUCCCUGGUGCGUAGGAUAUCAUAGUGAAGCUGAUGCUCCUAGCCGCAGACUUGCUAAACCAUUAAUCUUCUGUAGAACUGAGAGUGACUGCCCCAUAGAAAAUGGUUAUGCUCGCCCAGUUGAAGGCAUCCAUGUUCUUGUUGAUAUGCAAAACAUGGUUGUUCUUGAGUUUGAGGACCGUAAACUAGUUCAUCUUCCUCCUGCUGAUCCAUUGAGAAAUUAUACACCUGGUGAAACACGGGGAGGAGUUGAUCGAAGUGAUGUGAAACCCUUACAAAUUAUUCAGCCUGAAGGUCCAAGUUUUCGUGUCAAUGGGCACUUUGUUCAAUGGCAGAAGUGGAAUUUUCGUAUUGGUUUCACUCCUAGAGAGGGCUUGGUCAUAUAUUCUGUAGCCUAUGUUGAUGGUAGUCGAGGUCGAAGAGCAGUGGCCCACAGGCUGAGUUUUGUCGAGAUGGUUGUUCCUUAUGGUGAUCCAAAUGAUCCCCACUAUAGAAAGAAUGCUUUUGAUGCUGGGGAAGAUGGGCUGGGUAAAAAUGCUCAUUCUCUUAAGAAGGGCUGUGAUUGUUUAGGCUAUAUCAAGUACUUUGAUGCACAUUUCACAAAUUUUACUGGAGGUGUUGAAACAACUGAGAAUUGUGUUUGCAUGCACGAAGAAGAUCAUGGCAUCCUGUGGAAACAUCAAGAUUGGAGAUCAGGUUUGGCUGAGGUCCGACGCUCUAGGAGGCUGACAGUAUCUUUCAUAUGUACUGUAGCAAACUAUGAGUAUGGAUUUUUCUGGCAUUUUUAUCAGGAUGGGAAAAUAGAAGCUGAGGUCAAGCUCACAGGAAUUCUUAGCUUAGGAGCAUUGCAACCUGGUGAAUUUCGAAAAUAUGGUACAACUAUUGCACCUGGAUUGUAUGCUCCUGUUCACCAACAUUUUUUUGUUGCUCGUAUGGACAUGGCAGUUGAUUGCAAGCCUGGGGAAGCAUUCAACCAGGUUGUUGAGGUGGAUGUCAAAGUUGAAGAGCCAGGGCAGAAUAACGUUCAUAAUAAUGCAUUCUAUGCAGAGGAGAAGCUGCUUAAAUCAGAAUUAGAAGCAAUGCGUGACUGUAAUCCAUUAUCUGCUCGUCAUUGGAUUGUAAGGAACACGAGGGCUGUUAACAGAACUGGGCAGCUAACAGGUUACAAGUUAGUGCCAGGCUCAAAUUGUUUACCAUUAGCUGGUUCAGAGGCCAAGUUUCUAAGAAGAGCCGCUUUCUUGAAACACAACCUUUGGGUCACAGCUUACAAAUCUGAUGAGAUGUAUCCUGGAGGAGAGUUCCCUAAUCAAAACCCACGCGUUGGAGAGGGUUUGGCGACUUGGGUUCAGAAAAAUCGCUCAUUGGAAGAAGCUGAUAUUGUUCUUUGGUACAUAUUUGGAAUAACACACGUUCCUCGAUUGGAAGACUGGCCUGUUAUGCCAGUGGAACGCAUUGGUUUUAUGCUCAUGCCGCAUGGUUUUUUCAAUUGCUCGCCAGCAGUGGAUGUACCACCUAGCGCAAGCGAUUUGGAAGACAAAGAGGGCAUAACCUCCAAGCCCAGCCAGAAUGGCCUCAUUGCAAAGCUUUAAAUGAACUCAAAACUACGUUGUUGUUCUGUUAUUGAUGCCUAAUUUGUGCGUCUAUCAUUGCCUCUUAUUAGAAGCGAAGGAGUUUCUUAUGGUCCAUCUGGAUAGUUAAGAAUGUAAUGUGGCCGUUUGGAUUGGCUUCAGUCAUUUAUUUGCUAUUAACAUUUCUUUCUUCCAUGGAGGGGCAGAUAGUGUCUCAGGUGUUGGAUUUGAA